UGGAAAACAGUGUACUUUUUUUUGGGCAGCGAUCGAGAUAAAAUUUUGUCCAAUAUUGUUCCGCUGUAUCGGGAUCAAUAGUAUUAUUUUGUAAAGGAGGCAGUAAAUUAAGAUGGAAUGCGUGAAAACUAUCGAUGGAUUUAUCAAAAACUCACAAUCUACGAGGAAAUCUCCAACUUCACUUCUUUUGAGACCAAGCUGAAAUAACAAAAUGACAGCCAACAACAGCGAAAAUUGUGGCUAUGAUGUUGUGUCUACUUCUUUCCCAAAGGAGAUCUGUUACAUAGAUGCACAGAUAAACAGUCUGCUAGACGUACAUCUAGAUCCACGAUUACUCUCCGUAAAUCUACAUUGCAACAAUAUUUCUGUGAUAGAGAAUCUUGACAGACUGCAGCACCUUAAACACCUCGAUCUGUCGUCCAAUCGCAUCACAAGAAUGCAAGGGCUUGAUGGUUUGAUGAGCCUAAAAACCCUCAACUUAUCCUGCAACGAACUGCGUGUAGUUGAAGGAUUGGAUAGUCUAAGGAAUUUGGUUAAGCUGGAUUUAUCCUACAAUGUAAUCUAUGAUCUCUCAGGCCUAAAGAAAAUUCAUGGAUCCUCCUUUAGCUUACGAAGCUUAUAUCUCCAUGGAAAUGAGCUUAGUUCACUGGAUCAUUUAAUUAACUGUCUUGCUGGAUGCAGAAUGCUUCAAGAGUUGACAUUAUCACUGUAUGGGGAAGCCAACCCUGUUUGUGAAAUACCAGAUUAUCGAUCCAGUGUACUGGCUUCACUGAAAAAUUUGGAAGUGUUAGAUGGCCAGGACAGGACUGGGAAACCAGCAGCAACAAGGGACAGUGUGCUUGACAUUCCAGAAAUGGAUGAUUAUCUGGAAUAUUUAGAAUCAGAAAAUUCCUCUGAAAUCCCUAGUAAAGAAACAAAGUAUGAAGUUUUGACUCCAAAGAUUGACUUGGCGCUGGACAGAUUCAGGCAACGAGGACCUCUGUCAUCAGAAACUGACGCUGGAGAGGAGAAAAGAACUGAGAAUCCCACUGAGAGGCCAGCUGUUCAGGUAAGCCUGUCAGCUGAUCAUGAGAUUCGUUUAGAGACUCUUGAACAUCAACUUAACCGUCUGAUUCACAACACAGAAAGAGCACAGGUUUCAAGGAAGAUCAGAAAUCCAAGUGCAGAGCCUGAUAUUAACCGAUCAGCUGAUUCUGAAUCAACUGAACAGCCAGACAAAAAGAAAAAAGUACAACUUUCACCCAAAGCUAGAAGAAGUCAAUGGGUUCCAGUAUCAAAGAAACCAGGACAGACAAAGACACGCACCAAGCCAGCGGUUCAUGUCACAGUGGAGUCAACAAGCUCCACAUCACCAUCAGAUGAACAAGUGGUCACCCAACUGCAGCAGGAGCAGAUGAAAGUGGGCGCCUUAACGAAAGAGUGUGAACUGUCGAAACACUCAGUGAAACAACUGAAAGGUCAGGUCCAUCAGCUACAGGAACUCCUCGCCAACAGAGAGCAGGAACACAGAAAAGCAGUGGAGGACCUGGUACGAGUGGACGGGCAGGAGAUGCGGGAGCUAGUAGAACGGGAGGCUGCUAAGCAAGAGGGUUUUCACCAGCAGAUUAUUAGAGAAUAUCAAGAAAAGUUGAACAAGCGUGAUCUGGAUUAUGCUGCACUUGAGGACGAGUUCAGAAUGGGUCUACAGAUUGAAGCUAAUAGGUUUAGAGAGCUGCAAGAGGCGUUUGAGCGAAUGAGCGAUGAGCAUGCGCAACAGAAAGAGGCCCUACACACAAUAAAACAGAAGGAGAGCAAAGCAACUAAUAUGGUCAAUGAACUCACAGCGAUGGUGAAAGAACAACGUGGGAGAUUAAGUGAGCUGUCACGAGGGAGGCAAGAAAUUGUCGGAGAUUACAAGGAAAGAAUACAAAGUUUAGAGAAACAACUUAACGAAGCUAAUAAACAGUUAACGAGACUGGAAGUACUAGAACAAGACAAAGCUAAGUUGACGGCUCAGAUACGAGCUCAAGUAUCAGUCAUGGAAGGCCUGAGAACCGAAAGAAAACUAUGGAGCGAGGAGCUUGCCCAACAAGGAUCGUCCCUUGCUCAGGAUCGAGGACGAAUGGAGGCUCGCAUAGAGGCGCUGACAGCUGAAGUCGGUGAAGUGAAGAAGGAAUGCCAGAAUGCCAAUGAAACGAUCGCCAUCAAGGCUAAAGUUAUAGAGGAUCAAACGGACUCCAUUAGGAAGCUCAAACAGAAAAUUGCAGAUCAGGACUCUGACAUGCGCAAAAGGAAGGAAGAUGGCGAAUCACGUGAGAAAAACCUUGAGGAACAGCUAGCUGUUGAGACAUCAGCAAAUCAGGAUUUGCAAGAACAAUUGGAUGGACUUGUGGACCGAAAGGAAUCACUCAAACAAGAACUAAGGAAAACACAGGUAGAGUUGGAGACCAGUAAGGAAAAUCACAGGAUUUUGAAAACAAAAUGGCACGAAAAGAGUGAACUAAUAGGCAAGUUGGAAAAGGAAGUUGUUGAGAUGCGAAAUAACUUAAGAGGAAAGGAAAAAACUUUAAUUGAAGAGAGAGACAAAGCUGUGAAGGCGGCCGAUUCCGCCGUAGAGAGGUUAAAAGUCUGUGAUGAUGCUUUCCGCAAACAGCUCGAACAAGAACGACGGGCACACGAGCAACAGCUUCAGACACUGGCCAACGAAAAACAGCAGGAGGUAGAACGAGCUAAUAACAGGGUCGUGGAAGUGGAAGAUGAGAUGCGCAUACUUCUACAAGAGAAUGCGCUGACCAAGAAAACUUUAGAGAAACGUCUGCAGAAACUCACAUCUGCUUUCACUGAAAUCCAACAUGACUUAGCUAGAACGUGAAUGUGCUACAAUACUUUCAACAAAUUGUAAAUGUUUUUCGUGAAUAUUUUCGAGAAAAACAGGUAUGUGAAUUAUGUAUGUAAUAAACGAUAACAUAAAUAUAACGGCAGUUUUAUCAA